AUGAGGUCCUUGACGCUUGCAGUUGCAGCGGCGGUUCUUGUCCUUGCCGUGCUCGCCUCCGGUGGCGUCGUCGUCGUUGGCGCCGCGGCGCGCCCAGUGGUGAGGCAGGGCGGCGGCAGCGCCGGCGCCGGCGCCGUGCUGCAUCUUGCCGUCGUGGCGGUGGAGUUGACGAGCACGAAUUCCUCGGCGCAGCCGUCCAACUGCACCUACGGGAACAACCCCGGCGGCGUGUGCCCUCCGACUCCUCCCGCUCCCGGUGUAGGGCACUAG